AUCUGUCAGAGCAACUACAAAAGCAACAGAAAGCCAAAUUGUUCAAAUCCUCCACAUAUUUUUACUCGAACACAAACAGUAAAUUUCACAACAAAAUCUCUCUUCAAAGCCUAUUAAUGAGAAAAACAGCUGCUCAACAACAAGAAGAAAAAAGAAAAGAAAAACAGAGACAACAGAAAAAGUCAUCAUCAUAAACCAGCACAGACAAAACUUCCAAAAAAAAUCAAAAAACACCUCCUCCUCCGCCGCGCCGGAGAAUCAUCGCCAUCGUCUGCCACCGCCCCUUUCGUGAGGGUAUCGUUGAAUUCUCGAAGAUGUCGAGGUUUCCGUUCUUCAACCGUUCGAACACGAUUCACUCAGAAGCGUCGCGGAAACCCUACCACCACCUCGACCAGAACCACCUGGACCGGUCCGGUUCAUUGAGCAAAUUCUACGGUUCAAUGGAAUCGGUGAAGUCCGCGGGAAACUCCAUCCGCGGAAGGGUGGUGAAGAAGCUCUGCAAUUUGUUCGAAUCAUCAUCGAAAGAAUCGUCAAAAUCAUCGCCAUCACCUUCUUCUUCUGAAGAACCGGUUCGUUCUUCGAAAUCGAGUACUAAACCGGGUUCAGAACCGUUCACGUUGUUCAGAUUAUCGAACGCAGAGGACCGAGUCGUUGUGUAUUUGACGAGCCUGCGAGGGAUUAGAAGGACAUUCGAGGAUUGCAACGCGGUUCGGAUGAUUCUGAAGGGUUUUAGGAUUUGGGUUGAUGAAAGGGAUGUGUCUAUGGAUCGUGAGUAUAGAAAAGAGUUGCAGUGUGUGUUGGGUGAAGAGAAUGUUGCAUUGCCUCAAGUGUUUAUUAAAGGAAAGUAUGUUGGGGGUGCUAAUGUGAUUAAGGAUCUUUUUGAAUGUGGUGAAUUGGGUAGGGUUCUUGAAGGGAUACCUAAGACAAAGCCUGGUUUUGUUUGUGAGACUUGUGGGGAUGUGAGGUUUAUGCCUUGUGAUAAUUGCAGUGGGAGUAUGAAGGUUUUUGAUGAGGAUGAAGGGUUGUUGAAGAGGUGCUUGGAGUGUAAUGAGAAUGGACUCAUUCGGUGUCCUAGCUGCUGUUACUAAGUUGAUUUUAUUUGAUUAUGAUGGUGGUGGUGGUGUUUAUGUGGUAAUGUGGGUUUGGUUAAUGGAUAUUCAAAGUGCUCUUUGAAUUUAUGGAUGUUUUUUUCUUUUAGUUCUGCUCCUUGAACAGAGUUUUGUUUGGUUCAAGAAUGUGUUUUUUUUUCAAUCAAAAUGCAAAACUGGUAUCAGAAUGUGUAUGUUCCCGACAAUGUAAAUAUUUAGUGUGUAUAAUAAUUUAUUUAG